AAAUAUUCAAACAUGAUUAAUGAUAUGACCACACUACAAACAGACCUUAAAUUCGACACUCACAUAAAAAAGGAUUAUGCGACAAAUAUGAAAUUUUUCAACAACAACAGCAACAACAAUAAUAACAACAACAGUGAAAAUUUAUCCAUGAAGGCAUUGGCCGCCGCAGCACCACUACAAUUUCCCAAUGUUGAAAUUACCAAUAAUAUUAUGGACAUAAUGGAGGAAUCCCCCAUGCAAAUGUUCUACAAGGAUAAAGGGGUUUUCCUAACAGGCGGUACUGGCUUCUUUGGUAAAAUUAUAAUUGAAAAAUUAUUACGCGUUACCGAUGUGGGACAAAUAUUCCUGCUGAUACGUACCAAAAAGGGUAAAGAUGUUCAGACACGUUUGGAUGACAUAUUCAAUGAACCGGUCUUCGAAAAACUCAAAAAAAUCACACCAAAUUAUCGUGAAAAAAUCACCGUCAUCAGUGGUGAUGUAUCGCUCCCAGCCUUGGGCAUUUCUCAUGAAGAUCGUGAGUUGCUCAAGGAACAGGUGAAUAUAAUUAUCCACGGGGCAGCCACUGUACGUUUUGAUGAAAAACUUAAAAUGGCCAUUGGCAUCAAUGUUAAUGGUACCAAGGAAAUUUUGAAGUUGGCCAAAGAAGUUAUACACCUUAAGGCUGUGGUUCAUGUCUCCACCGCGUUCGCUCACUGUAAUCGCAAACACAUCCAAGAGAGAUUCUAUAAUUGUACCCUAUCGGGUGAUAAGGCCCUGCAGUUGAGUGAAUGUCUGGAUGAGCAGACAUUGAACGCUCUGACACCUACGAUUGUUAAGGACUUCCCCAAUACAUAUGCCUUUACCAAGGUAUUGGCUGAGGAUAUUAUCCUGAAUCAUGGUCAAAAUUUGCCAGUUACCAUAUUUCGUCCGGGCAUAGUUGUCACCACCUAUCGUGAACCUGUCUCCGGCUGGAUUGACAACAUGUAUGGCCCAUGCGGCAUUAUUGUCGGCGUUGGUUCCGGUGUUAUGCGUAUUUUCAGCGGUAAAGUGGAGAACAAAGCCAACAUGGUCCCUGUAGAUUUGUGUGUUAAUGCCUUGUUGACCAGUGCCUGGGAUAUAGCCAGAAAUACUUACGACACAACACCAAUCUACAAUUAUAUCCCAGAUCCCGAUAACAUUGCCAGCUGGCGUGAAUUCAUGGAAUAUGCCAUUGAAUAUGGCCGUAAGUUGCCAUUGCGUAAAUCAAUUUGGUAUCCAUGCUUCACCAUUGUCAGCUCCAAAUGGCAAUUCGCCUUGCUGUCAUUUUUGUAUCACACCCUGCCCGCCUUGUUUAUGGAUAUGUUAAUGCUGCUUAUUGGCAAGAAACCCAGAAUGAUGAAAAUGUAUCGCAAAAUCCACAAAUUUUGCGCUGUGAUGGAAUAUUUCUCGUCGAACGAAUUCAUAUUUGAAAAUAACAAUGUGCGAGCACUCUGGGACAAAUUGGAUGCGAAGGAUAAACGUUUGUUUGCCUUCGAUAUGCGGUCUGUCGAUUGGACUGAACUGUUUCGCAUUAGCUUGUGGGGCCUGCGUUCCUAUGUGGUAAAGGAUGAACCCAGUACUGUGGCCGAAUCAGUGAAGCGACAUGAACGUUUGAAAAUUCUCCAUUAUACCACAUUGUUUGUGAUUUAUUCGCUGACAUUUUUCAUUCUCUAUCAAUUAUUCAAAUUUGUCUUUUUCUAAAAAUAAAAGAAGGAAACAGACAAAUAAACAGAACAA